CACACAUCGCGCAUCGUGCCUCUCAGCACCGAAUUUCGCGGCGACGCGCCAUGAACGCUUGAGCGGGCAAAUGGCAGAGGCGCAGAUGGUCUCCGACCCGAAUCUGACGGGCAGGGUCCAAGCUCUUCUCAACAAGCCCUUCGAUGAGGCCCUGAAAGACUGUGCCGUGCUGCGGGAGUACAUCAACAGCAGCGAGGAUUCCGCCGCCUUGACCCAGGAGUUCCGGGAGAACUGGCAUGCCGAGGCCCCGCUGCCGCUCCGGCAGCUGCUGGAGGAACUCCUGGACCCCGAGGUGGCCAGGGCCAACGUCGCCGCCACGGAGGCGCUACUGCUGAGCCGGGCGCAGGUUCUGCCGCUGGGGGAGGAGGCACCCGCUAGCAAACCUCGCCGGGACGGGGGCCAAGAGGAUGCGAGCGGCCAGGGUCCCGAAGCGGAAGGCAUGCCUCCUAUCGACGACGAGGUCGACGAAUUUGUCCAGGUGAACGUCUCGGAGGCGGUGGACAAACUGCUGGCCCUGUCUUUCGAGGAAGCCCUGCGGGAGUGCAAGGAGCUGCGGACCUACGUCCAAAGCCCCGAGUCGGUGGGCGAGCGGAAGGCGCUGGCGGCGGAGUUCCAAAGCGCCUGGAGCCCCGAGGCGCCUUUGGAGCUCCGGGAGCUGCUGGAGGAGCUGCUCUUCCCCGAGAUCGCCGCCAAGAAGGCGCAGAGCGCGCCCCCGCUGCCGCCGCCCUCCCGGCUCUGAGGAUCACUGAGGUCCGGCCGGAAACGGGCCGGACCGGCCAUGGGCCAUGGCUGGGUGGCCAUUUUUAAC